AUGUUAGCAGGUCCAGCAGCUAUUACAGGACAACUCCCAGGACGUUCGUCUUAUAAUAAUUCAAUCGAUACAGAUGUUUAUGAUCCGGCGUCUGGAAGUAUCUUCCAAAACUAUAAGAAGCAUGAUGACUUGAAGAACAUGUUGGACAGUAAUAAAGACAGUUUGAAAUUAGAAGCAAUGAAAAGAAUUAUUGGGAUGAUCGCUAAAGGAAAAGAUGCUUCCGAUUUAUUUCCUGCUGUUGUGAAGAAUGUUGUAUCAAAAAAUAUAGAAGUAAAGAAGCUCGUUUAUGUAUUUCUUGUUCGUUAUGCUGAGGAACAACAAGAUUUGGCUCUUCUUUCAAUUUCAACAUUUCAAAGGGCUUUAAAAGAUCCAAAUCAAUUAAUUCGUGCAAGUGCUCUACGUGUUCUCUCAAGCAUUCGAGUUUCCCUUAUCAUUCCAAUUGUAAUGCUCGCAAUCAAAGAUUCAGCACAAGAUAUGAGUCCAUAUGUAAGAAAAACUGCCGCCCACGCAAUUCCAAAACUUUAUAAUCUCGAUCCAGAACAAAAAGAAGAACUUGUGGGUGUAAUUGAAAAGUUAUUAUCAGAUAGAACAACGCUUGUUGUGGGAUCAGCUGUUAUGGCAUUUGAAGAAGUUUGUCCGGAACGCAUUGAAUUGAUUCACAAAAAUUAUCGAAAAUUGUGCAAUUUACUUGUUGAUGUUGAUGAAUGGGGACAAGUUUUAAUUAUCAACAUGUUGACACGCUAUGCGAGAACUCAAUUCAUUGAUCCCAACAUUGAAGACGAGGUUGCAAGUGAUCAAGAAGACAAAGCUUUUUACGAUGGAAGUUCUGACAGUGACAAGUCAGAUAAAAAGCCAACUUACACUUUAGAUCCUGAUCAUCGUUUAUUACUUCGGCAAACAAAGCCUUUACUUCAAAGUCGUAACUCGGCUGUUGUGAUGUCAGUUGCACAACUUUUCCACCACAUCGCACCGAAAAACGACGUUCAGAUCGUUGCAAAAGCUUUAAUCAGAUUGCUGAGAAGUCGUCGUGAAGUUCAAAGCAUCGUCUUAACUUGCAUUGCUUCAAUGACAUUAAAUCGUAAAGCAAUUUUUGAGAUUUACUUGAAAUCUUUCUUUGUUCGUACAAGUGACGAUCCAACGCACAUAAAGUUGCUUAAACUCGACAUUUUGACUAAUUUAGCGACAGAGGCAAGCAUUGGAAUGAUUCUACGUGAGUUUCAAACUUACAUUCAAAGUAACGACAAGGAAUUUGUUGCAGCAACAAUUCAAGCGAUCGGACGAUGUGCUGCUUCCAUUGCAGAAGUCAGUGAAACGUGCUUAUCAGGGCUUGUUCAUUUACUUUCCAACCAUAACGAGUACGUUGUUGCUGAGUCAGUUGUUGUCAUAAAGAAACUUUUACAAACUCAAGACGCGCAGCAACAUAAACAACGAAUCAUCACACAAAUGUCAAAGUUAUUGGAUUUCAUCACAGUUCCAGCUGCUCGUGCCUCUAUCUUAUGGUUGAUUGGAGAGUACAAUGAAUAUGUGCCGAAGAUAGCGCCAGAUGUGCUUCGAAAGAUGGCGAAAUCAUUCUGCGAUGAAGAGACAAGUGUGAAACUUCAGGUGAUGAAUCUUGCUGUCAAACUUGUCUUGAACAACCCACAACAAACGAAAUUAAUCGCUCAACAUGUCUUUAAUCUUGCACGUUACGAUGCAAAUUAUGAUGUACGCGAUCGUGCGAGAUUCCUCAAACCAUUCAUCGUAAAUGAUGAGAAAACUUCAAUUUUAUUGAAGCAUGCAAAGAAAAUUUUCCUUGCAACAAAACCAGCACCGCAAAUUGAAAAUCGUUACACUGGUCGAGAGAAUUUCCAACUUGGAACAAUGUCGCAUUAUUUGAACAUGCGUGUUAAUCGUUAUCAAGAUUUGCCUGACUUUCCAUCAACAGCCCCUGACAACACUGUUCGUAAUGUUGAAUCACCCGAUGAAGGAACUUCAUUGACAAAGAAAGAAGAUGUCAAAGUGAAAAAUGUUGUUCGUAAUAAAACAAAGAAUCACGAUAAGAAGAAGGAAAAAUCAUUUUAUUCUGAAAGUGAUUCGUCUUCAACUUCAAGUAAGUCUUCAAGCAGUAGCGGCAGCAGCAGCAGUGGAAGUGAAUCAUCAAGUGGAGAGGAUGAAGUUGAGAAGAAAAGUGAGCAACAAAAUGGAGCUGCAAACAAGAAAACGACUGAAGACAGUGAAGAAUCGUCGAGUUCAUCAAGUGAUGAUUCAGGAAGUGAGAGUGAGAAUGAAGAGGAAGUGAAUCAUGUUGAUGGAGUUGUUAAGCAAUCAGUUGAGAAAUCGAAUCUUGAUCUUUUGUUAGAUCUUGAUGACAUCGCUCCGGUGAGUGGAAAUGUAAUGACGCCAAGUCUCGGAGGCUUCCUAACGCCAAUCACACCUUCAGCAACUGGUGCUGUCAAUAACCGAAUUGAAUUGAUCGGACCAAGUUUCAUAGCGAUUGAUAAGAUGGAAUUAUUGAACAAAGUGAAUGGCUAUGGACUUGGAGUUUCUUACAAAUACACGCGAUCGCCUCAUUUAUUCAGCUCGAGCAUGGUGUCGAUUGAACUUUAUUUCACGAAUCAUGGAAAUGUAGAAUUGACAGAUAUUCAUAUUGGUGCAAAGCAAUUAACCAGUGGAAUGUCUUUGAAUGAGUUUGCUCAAUUGACACAGCUUGCGCCAAAGCAAACUCUUGUAGGAAUUCUCGGAAUUGAUUUUUGUGAUUCAAGUCAAGCGGCAAACUUUGAGAUUCGAUCGAGUGGAGGUGUCAGUAAAGUUGCGAUUAAACCAACUGUUGGUGAGUUGAUAAGAAGCGUCACAUUACCCGAAAUUAUGUUUAAAGAAGAGAGAAAUAAACUUCGCGGCAUGUCUGAAUCGAAUUGCAAAGUUCAACUUCGAAAUGACUUUCAUGACAAGCAACAACUUCAAAAGAAAAUAUUUGAAAUAGCAAAUGUUGCUUUCAUUCCGCAUGGCGAUUCUCCUGACACGCUUCUCUUUGCUGGGCAAACAUUAAACUCCAAGAGUCUUGUUCUUGUUAGCAUUUCACUUAACGACGAACAGCAUGUGGCGACAAUUACUGUCAAUUGCGAAAAGCUUGUUGUUGGCUCGAUUCUCAUGAACGAGCUGAAAGAUGCAAUCAAAGAGAUUUAA